UAGGAACCAUAGCUGCCGUUGGGGCUCAUUUGGAUGUUGCACAGUUUUGCAUAUGUCUAUGCAUAGUACUUGGUGGCGCUCGUAGCGCUCAGCGCAGAUCUCAUAACAUGCUGAUGGUCUACUCGCAGCGUAAAUAGACGGCUCCAGCUCAGCGUAGAUCAUUUGAAUAACGGCUGCUCGUGUAACUGUUGUGAAACAACCCUCACUGAUUGCAGACAUGGCCGACCAGACGCCGAAGGAGUCCGGUGCUCGCGUUGCGACCAGGAUAGACCCGAUGAAAGAUGGUCUUUCUCGUGAACAGAUGCAUUUCAUCCGACAGGUAGAGCUCGAACAGUGGAAGAAGAAAACCCAGAAGCUGCGGACACGAAACGUUGUGACGGGCCUCGCCAUUGGAGCAAUCGUUAUGGGAAUUUACGGCUACACAUUUUACUCCGUCUCCCAGGAGAGGAUCAUGGAUGAAAUUGAUGAAGAGGCCAAGCGUGCAAGACUGCAGGGACCAAAGACCGGUGCCAACUGAGACGCAUGUGUCGCCCUGUUUUUGGACUGCGUGUCUGUCCUGCGCUUUACCGUCUGAGAAGGGACUUAGGUGGACACUGAUUCCACUGAUUUAUAUUCAAUGGCAGGCCACUGUUUUUCAUGUUGAGAGAGCGGUGGACUUUGUAUUGUCUUGAUUGUGAAGGUUAAUUGUGAGGUUCUGCUGCUGACUUAUAACUAGACGUGUCUUGAUUUUGAUUAAGUUUGCCUGUCAGUGGAAAGGACUAAUCCACUGACCUUACAUGCUACCCAGAAGGCCAGACUGUAGAGUAAUUACAACCCUUACCUAACAGGUUUUCAGCCCUGAUCAAGUGAUGUUCAAGGUGCAUAUACUCAAUUUCAAUCAGCUAAUGAUGUUGAAUCUACAGUGGCCUUUAACAGCAAAGAAAUGCCAGUGACACUGCUGAAAUGACACACAGAUUAACCUGUUGAAACAUAUUUAUGUCAAAAAAGUGAUAAUUUGUAAAAUAAAAAUCUAAUGUAUUUGAUUUUUUUUAAACAAUUACGUGUGUGUAACUAUUUAUGCAUGAUAAAGAGACAGUAGUAAAGAUGACAUAAAAGCCGUGGUAUUUACAACUGCAUUUAUUUUUGUCAAAAUUUGAUAUAGUCUCAUCUAGCCACUGAAUCUUGAGAGUAAAAAUAUAAAAUAAGACAUUGUACAGGAAAGGCACAGAUUCAGCAUGGCAGGACAGCAGCAGCUUCAGAAAGCAACAAUUAUAUAUUUACAUUCAAAAUUGUUAUUUGAAUAUAUUAUGAACUUUGGAAAAUCUUACAGGAGUUUCACUGCCAGAAAAUUCAGUGUGUGUAGUGUGAAUAUUUUAUAAGGCAUCAGCUACACAUUCACAGCUUGGACUGAUUUCUCUAAAUCCCACAAUGUACUAAUUAUUUAAAACUGUGGGAGGGUAGAUUGUCAUUACUGUGAUCAAACCUAAACUGGAGAAUAUUCUCUACCUCCCUCGUGGAAAAAAGACAGGAAAUUUUGGCUCUUCCUUAAGUGAACACAGUUUUAUCCACAAAUGUGUUAAAAUGAGUGAGAACAAAAGAAGAUGUUACUAAAGUGCACAAGGUGCUUGAUCUACGGAACAAGCGACAAAUGUGAUUUUUUUUUUUUGCUUGAGCAAGAAUAAAGGUUGCCGACGUUU